AUGCCAAGCUUCCUGCUGCAUGGUCCCCCACUAAGGCUAUGCAUGGGACUUGUCUGUGUCCUGUCGCUCGGGAACACAGUGUCUGGCAUUACGGGAGAAUCCAAGAAAGAAAAGGGAAUGACCUUCCUACCUAGAACAGUGUCUGUCCUUAGAAGAGAAGAGAGAAAGGAGAAGGGGGUGGCGUUUCUCGCUAACACYGAGGUCCCUGCCAGGUCUGUGGAUCUGUCGGCRCUGAACCUGACGGAGCUCGUGAACGGGAUGCUGAGCAGAGCUUUAAAAGAUAGCAAGAAGUUCUUCUCCUUGCUGAGCAUCACCUCCUACAGCUCCUUCGCCUUCCACAAGUUCUCAGUGGCCAUUUACAACAUUUCUAACCUGAAGACAGUGGACCCGGCCAGAUUCCCCACGAGGUACUGCUACUGCUUAAACAACCGCACCAACGACUUAUCAGAUUUCACAGCCCUCCUGGUGGACAUCAUUGGAAAUUCUACCAGCUACCUCACUGAGAUCUUUAAGUCAACCUCCAUCCUCUCAGUGAGUCAGACCAAUGAAUCCGACUGCCUCUUCAUCUGCGUGAUGGCCGGAGAGUCAGGGCGGAAUCUCUCUGACUUCUGGGAGAUGGUGGAGAAAGCCCCCGUGAUCAACUACACRUUUACCAGCAGCCUGUCUGGAGUUCUGGGUGCUGCAGCUACCAGGGAAGCAGCUGGGAUUUCAGAGCCCACAACCCAAAGCCAGCAAGGCCUGCCAAGGACAGGCCCCCCGCACUGGGCCCACCGCACACACCCGGCUUCUGCCCUGAGCGCCUCCCCGCCCAGGGAGACGACUGCCCCUUCAGAGGGAGAGGCAGCAGGGAGCACAGGCAGGCUCCCUGGGCCUCCUGCAGGGACCACGGCCACAGCCAGCAGGGCCUCCGCCAGCCACCCAGGCUCAGCUACCAGGACAGUGGCUGGAACACAAUGGGUGACAACCAACAGACAGACCUGGGCUCCCACGCUGUCCACGCCCAGGGCUCAGACCCAGGAUGAGACAACACCUGGGGGUCCCCCCUGGGAGACACCCUCCUCCACACCCACAUCUGCCGAAGCUGCAGGGGCCGCUGACACAGAGAGUCUCCCAGGUCCUACUGGGGCCAUGUCCACGCCCAGCAGCCCAGCCCAGCCCAGCCCCACCUCAGGAACGGUCACCCCUGGCACACAGACGCCAAGGCCAACCAAGGCACCAGCCCCCAAAGACCCACAGACAGGUGAUGUCCCUGCAGAGUGGCCAUUUGCUCCUGGAGAAGAACCAGCCCUAAUCCCAGUACCCCAUCAAGUCUCAAGGUGUCCGCAGCCGCUCCUCAAACAGGGGGCCAUGACGGCUGCCCCUCUCACCCUGGCCACCCAGAAGCUCAACCCUUGCCUGAUGGAAUUGUGCCGCUUCUUCCAGCAAUGCCUCUGUGUGAGCCAGAGGAACCCCAGGACAGAGACCAUGAGGUACUGUCUGGAAUAUUACUCCUGGUUUCUGAAGAAUGCAACAUUUAUCUGCCAGAGGGUGAAAAGGGUGUCGUCCUCACACACCUUAAAGCAAAAGUGCCUCGAGAGUAUCUGCGAGUCAGUGUGA